ACGACAUGUUUUGUCUGUUCCAGGAGCUUCCGACUACGUUAUGUGACUCAUCAAACUACCUCCCUCUUCAUUCUCCAGUAAGCGAAUAGGAGACUCUUAUGAGUCUUACCUCUACACCUUCACCUACUCGUCAUGUCAUAUGAUACAGGAUUGCUAUUGUUUAUUGCGAUAUCGAUAAACACGCUCAGUGCCGGGCACACAUCCCACACUCAGCUAUGGCUUCCAACCAUGGCUGGAAAGUAGAGCUCAUCCCUUGGGAUCACCAGAAUCCCGACCAUGUCGAGAGGCUAUACGACCAACGUGUCGCCUGCGGAUGGCGAUCUGACGAAGUGCCCUUGUGGGUAGAGAGUGCGAAAAAAGGCGGAAAGAUAUUCUUUUGGAUUGUCCUCUCGGAUGCCCUCCCGGAUCGGGAGCGGGUGGUUCAAAAAUUCGUCAAGGCGAGUCCAAGGGAGUCAGCUUCGUUGCGAGAUACGGCGGCAGAGGUUCGGCUCGUCCCGCGCCAGCCAACCAUGAGGGGUUUCAACCCCAUUGGCCACGUGGCUCUCGAUAUUCACACACCUAAAGAAGAUAUGGAAUUAGGUCUUCCAGCCGUCGGGACAGUCUGGAUUCACCAACUAUACAUAUCACACACGCUGCAGGGAGGUGGGUUCGGCGUCGGGACUAUGUCUAAGAUCGAGGCGCUGGCGGCAGCAGAACCAAUAAAUGCGCAUUUAGCGGCUUUGGAUACCGUAUCGAGGGAGGUGCAUAUGGAUCCUGAGAAGCGGACUGUCCUGUACGGGGAGGGACGUCUUCCCCCUCCGAGGGUUUCCACCGAGGAAUGGUAUAUCAGGCUAGGGUAUGAGCCAUUUAGACGAAAAGCCGGCGGCUAUAUAUGGGCCUCAAAGGAUGGCGCCGACAUCCCUAGUAAGUAAACCUACGUAGCCCCGGCAGCUCCA